AGAAGGAGGCACGAGACUAUCACGAGUUUGUAACGUCGAGGAAUUUGGGGCCUUCUCGGCCGCCGUUGGUCUCAAUAUGGCUGCCCCCAGGGGCGCGCUAACGAGAGAGCGCGGACCGUAUUUAAUCCCCAUCGCAUGGAUCGUAGCGCAGAAUUCCGGAGAUGGAAGGCGCAGUGUUUGAGCAAAGCGGACCUCAGCCGGAAGGGCAGUUUGGACGAGGACGUGGUAGAGCUUGUGCAGCUCCUGAACGAGCGGGAACAGUUUUUCACCACUAGUUCCUGCUCUGGCCGCAUCGUGCUCCUAGAUGGGGGCACAAAUGGUUUUGAGAUUCAGAAACAAAACUGUUGCUGGCUACUAGUUACACACAAACCGUGUGUAAAAGAUGAUGUGAUUGAAGCUCUGAAGAAAGUGAAUGGAGAUGCCAUUUUGAAAUUUGAACCGUUUGUUCUUCAUGUGCAGUGUCAAACGUUGCAGGAUGCUCAGAUGCUGCAUACUGUGGCAGUGGAUUCUGGUUUCCGGAAUUCUGGCAUAACAGUAGGAAAGAAAGGAAAGACUAUGUUGGCUGUCCGGAGCACACAUGGCUUAGAAGUUCCAUUAAGCCAAAAGGGAAAACUGAUGGUAUCUGAGGAAUACAUCGCCUUUGUGUUAAAUUUAGCAAAUCAGAAAAUGGAAGAAAAUAAGAAGAGAAUUGAAAGAUUUUAUACCUGCCUACAAAAUGCUUUGAAAAGAGAAGCCAGUAGUAGCUCACAUAUCAAAGUGAAAAGCAAAGAGAAAAAUAACUCCUUAUAUACACAUAAGAAAAAAAGGAAACCAGAAAAAGCAUGUGACAAAUGUAUUGCUGAAGAAAAUGAAAAUGAUCUUGAAAAUGAUGAGGAUGAUCCUGGACUCAGUGUUAAAAUCUUCCCUGAAGAUUACUAACAUUUGAUUCUCAAGAAGUGUCCUGGUAUCCUGGUAGAAUGUUUCUAAUGAGUAUUAUAAAACUGCUCUUUAUAAGAGUACUUUAGUUGUUGAAUAUAUCAAUCAGAAAAAUGAUAUUUUCUCUAUAUUUUAGAGGAACUGUUCUUAUUAAUAUAAAUGACUUUUACAAAAUAACUGUAAAUGAUACUUACCCAUGAAAAGCCAUUUCAGUCACAUUCAUUGUAAGA